AUGACUCCACCCACAGCUCGCCUUCCGUCCCCAGGCAACAAGCUCAAAGCCAGCAAACUUAGCCAAGAGCUGGACCUGAGCAACAACCAGCUGCUCGAUUCAGGAGUGAAGCGUCUCUCUGCUGGACUGGAGAGUCCACACUGCAGACUGGAGGCUCUCAGGCUGAGUGGCUGUAAUCUGUCAGAGAGAAGCUGUGCAUCUCUGGCCUCAGUUCUCAGCUCCCAGUCCUCUAGUCUGAGAGAGCUGGACCUGAGCAACAACCAGCUGCAGGAUUCAGGAGUGAAGCGUCUCUCUGCUGGACUGGAGAGUCCACACUGCAGACUGGAGGCUCUCAGGCUGAGUGGCUGUAAUCUGUCAGAGAGAAGCUGUGCAGCUCUGGCCUCAGUUCUCAGCUCCAAGUCCUCUAGUCUGAGAGAGCUGGACCUGAGUGACAAUGAUCUGCAGGAUUCAGGAGUGAAGCGUCUCUCUGCUGGACUGGAGAGUCCACACUGCAGACUGGAGGCUCUCAGGCUGAGUGGCUGUAAUCUGUCAGAGAGAAGCUGUGCAACUCUGGCCUCAGUUCUCAGCUCCCAGUCCUCUAGUCUGAGAGAGCUGGACCUGAGUAACAACCAGCUGCAGGAUUCAGGAGUGAAGCGUCUCUCUGCUGGACUGGAGAGUCCACACUGCAGACUGGAGGCUCUCAGGUCAGUGUUGUUGAAUGUUUAA